UCGACCCAGUGCACAGUCGUUUGCAGAUUUUGUCGCGAUUCGGCGGUGUUCAGACUUGGCUUCAUUCUCGUGAGUGUGGGAACUCCUCAUCCUGAAAAAAUUUCUGUGCGCGCUCAAAGUCCGCGAAAACGUAAAGGAAGUUGUCUCGAGGUGUUUACGUCCAGGAUUUACGUAAGUUCCGCAGUGACUCGAGUCUGCUUUCGUGCGAAUUUCGCGCGGUGAUCCAUUUGACAAGUGGAGCGGAGAAGAACGCGUGGUGGCGGUGCUCGGCUCGAAGGCUUGGGGCUCCAUUUUGUGUGGUUUCGGUUCCGCUGAUUUUUCCAGGGCAAGCUCUGCCUCCAUUGAAAGUCGCGCCAAUUAAACUGGCUGUUAAAAGCGAAUCCAGACAGAAUAGCUUCACGAGAAGUUACAAAAAUAGGUCGAAGACGGUGUCGUUGGACGGUGAUGGGGUUAGUCGCAAGCGAACCCAAGGAACUCGACCGAAUGGUGGCCUUUGGCGGGAUCUAGUGCGAAGUGCAAUCAAGCAAACCUCGUCCGACCAUUUCUCCGAAGAGCGGUUCGAAUAGCUGGCCUGGAGGAUUGUGAGAUUUGUGUAGUCAUUGUGCCAAAAGUGCGUGCCCGUUGGAUUUUUCGUUGUUCCUGGUGAUUUCAGAAUUUUGUGUCAAUUACCCAUUGCCAGUUGCCUUUGCUACUUUCCGGACGCUCCUUGAACGACCCUCGACCGCUUGAGAUUGGCAACCAACUGAGACUGCACCUCGUCCCCGGAUAAAUUUAACUGCAAAGAGUGCGCGACCGAAACGAGACGCUCCUCGCAACAUUUCUGUCUAAAAAUAGUGCAUAUCGUCUGUCUUUAUUUUGAUCCCCCCGCACCGAGCCCCCGCUCAAAUCUGCAAUAAAACUCGUUCUGCCCCAAGAGGAAGGUUGAAACGUGCAACCCAAACAAAACAGCUCGAAAGUAAACACACGAGCUCCGAAGAGUUAUCCGAAGUCAUUGCCUCAGUGCCAGUUACUGUGGGGCGUGCUUGUCUCCUCGCUUUGUUUUGGUAAACAGGAAUGGCACCAAUUUCAGUGUUCGACAAAACCUCGGCUGACGCUUCGAAUUCCUCCUCUACAGCUUCUUCCCCGAACAACAUGCCCAAGGAGGACUCCAAGGAGAUGAACGGCUCAGCAUCCAUGGAGCAGGGCACCUCGAACUCCGGUCAUAAACCAUAUAAUGAUAUUGGCUCAUCUAGCCUCUCGGCCGCAGAGACGCCAUGUCCACUACGGGCUCCACUGAUAGUCACAAUUGUGGGCUUGCCAUGCCGUGGAAAAUCGUUGGCUGCCCACAAAAUCGCCCGUCAUUUGAACUGGAAGGGAGAAAUGGCCAAGGUAUUUCGCGUGGAUGUCGAUGCAACCCCAGAGACGUUAUCCGAAGUCCAGGAUUGGUUCAAUCUGGAGAAUAAUGUUGCCAUAAUUGAUGGCAUGCAUUUGUCUCGACAAUCGCGCCAACUUGUUGCUACGUUCUGUCGGGAACAUGUUUAUCAUCAUUUAAUUGUUGAAUUUGACUGUGAUGAAAAAACUCUUGAAGCUAAUCUGGAGGAAAUGAUACGUUUUUAUCAGAAAACAGAUAAAAAUACCGACUGGGGACAUGUAUUUUCGGAGAAGCUUCAACAGUACACGCCAAAAUAUGAAAAGUGCACACCAGUAGAAAGUCCUCAAAUAACAGUUACUAAUUCAGAAGAUCUUUGCAUUCAUUCGGUUACUGCACGCGGUGUCCAAGGUGCCUUGCAAACAUCAAUUCUUGGUGUACUAUCGCAUCCUGUGAUUAAAGAGCAAAUAUUUUAUAUAACACGACAUGGUGAAUCUGAUUUUAAUGUUAUCGGCCGCAUCGGAGGAGAUGCAGACCUAUCGCCCCGUGGAAGGAAAUACGCGGAACGGCUUACGCGUCUGUUUCGGGAGAACCCGCAAACGUUACCCGGCCCUCAAUUAAUUUGGACUUCCGAACUUCAACGAACUAUUCAUACAGCAGAGGGUAUACCCGGGCCACGGGCUGCAGUUAAUGAUUUGAAUGAGAUCGAUGCUGGCAUUUGUGAAGGACUAACAUAUGAAGAAAUUCAAGAGCGCUUCCCACAAGAGUUCGCCUGGCGUGACCAGGAUAAGUUCAAAUAUCGUUAUCCACACGGUGAAUCCUACCUAGAUCUGUUGCAACGUGUCGAUAGCGUCGUUCAAGCAAUACUCACAAAGACUCAAGUUCUAGUUGUUUCACACCAAGCUGUGCUUAGAUGCAUAAUGGCCUAUUUCAUGGGGACGAGACCUGAACAAGUGCCAUACAUAAACGUCCCGCUCCAUACACUGCUAGUAGUUCGUACAAACGGUUACAUGUUCGAAGUUGAGCAAAUUCCUCUAAAAGUGGAAUGUGUAGAUACGUAUCGAGUGAAGCCGAAGAAUUGCACUACGGAAAGGACUAGUGCUGACGCUCUAGGAACAGUUCCUGCACAUUUUGAUGCUCCGUUGCAGCAUCCAUUGCCACAAGCGAUAUAGCUAUUGCUGUAGACCACACGCUGAAAAGAUCUUUGUGCCGUAUCUUUUUUUGAAACUCAAUAUUAUUUAUCUGCACUUCAUAGGUUGCUGCUAACAACGACUUUUUUCUAAUCUACCUGUUUUUAUACUAAAUAUGUAUUACUUGCCGGAGUUGUGUUUCUACAAGAUAUGUUUACGUGCUAUUAUCUUUUAUUCUGUGAAUCGAAUAACACUUUACUACUAACAGGCA